AUGCACGUCGAUAUCAGCUUACAAUAUUGCAUUGUUCAGAGUCAAAACCUGGCCGUACUGGCUGCAUACGAAGCGGCCAUUGGCCCAGCGCUUCGGGCCUUGCUUAAUAUUGGUCUGCAAACCUCUGUAAGGGCUAAUGAGCCGAAAACGAGGGGCGGGCUGCCGAAGAAGAAAAAGAAUUCCAAGGAUAAUAGAGAUCCUAGCAAAGGGAAGGUGGCAGCGACUAGGACAUUGCCUCAAGUGUCUAGCCAUAGACGUCGAUCAAGAGACUCGUUUGCGCAGUCCACAUCGGAGAAUAGGAACGACUUCCAAGGCCAGAACUCGGACCCAGCAGUGCUUUCUACGCCUUUCCAACCUGAACAGAGACGUAAUUCUCCUAUACAAAAUUCCGAUGCCUUUGAAAGGAUGGAAAGGCAAGCUCUUCGGAGGCGAAAAGUCGAGGCGCUCGAGUCUCUGGCCCACACAGCAGCGCUCUUCCUGGCAGAGUUCUUGGAUUUCAGAAAGGCACAGCAGGUGCCGGCGGCGACCAGAUCACCACCGGCGGGAUCAGAGCAGCACCAAGUAGGCCCGGGAGCAGGAGUGGCAUAUGCCGCAGCCGCAGCAGGGAUGGCUGCGAACGUCUUCCAGCCACUGAGCCAGGAGCUCGAGCGCAGCGGUUACAACAGCAGCGGAAGCGAAAUGGCACAGCACAGCAGCAGCCAUGAUACCAGUGACGAUGAGGAUCUCCCGUUCAGGAUCUCAAUCGAGCCCAAAGUCGACGUGGACAUGGACGAUUCGGAAAGCGAUGGGUCGUCCUCCGAGACAUCUGCCAGCUUCAGGGAUGGAGUAGAAGCGAAUGACGACGAGCCUGAAGUCAAGGUUGAGGAGAAAUGA